UUUAACCGCAGCACCGCUUUUACUUUGACACCGUCUAAACGUUUGUGUUUCCGGGGCAACAGGACAGGACAGGAAAGAGGUAACGGCUGUCACUUGAUGUUUAACAAACAUCGCUGUGUUUCUCCUCUAUUUAGCGUAUGUUUUUAUAUUACUAUAACAGCACAACGACGAGGGACAUUUGUACACAUCUCCCCACAAACUGCCCUGACCUGCUGAAACCUUGAUUGACAUGGCAGCCAAUGGAGCAAGCUGUGAACAGCCACAGAAACGUGCAGGAGCCAAAGACAGACACAAUGGCCAGUCGACAGACUCUUCAGUAAGAGAGAGGCGACAGAAAGAUAAGGAGGAUCGCCUGUCGCUGGUGGUAUGGAGGAGGCCUGUCACCACACUACAUUAUUUCCUACUGGAGACCCUUAUCAAGCUAAAGGAGUGGACGUUUAAGCUUUGGCAGCGACGAGGCACAGUGUUCUUAUUUUUGGUGUUAUGUUCCCUGUUCUCCUUCGCCUACUCCACUGAGGGAGCACACCAACAAUAUGUUAGCUACCUGGAGAAGAGGUUCCUAUGGUGUGCCUACUGGGUAGGCCUUGGGAUCCUGUCCUCAGUAGGCCUUGGGACUGGCCUGCACACUUUUCUCCUCUAUCUGGGUCCUCACAUAGCAUCAGUAACCCUGGCAGCAUACGAGUGCGGCUCCACAGACUUCCCAGAGCCUCCGUACCCGGACCAGAUUGUCUGUCCCCAAGGUGGAGGACUGGAGGGAAGCAUCUCCCUCUUCUCCAUCAUGUCAAAGGUCCGCCUGGAGGCCUGCAUGUGGGGGGCAGGCACCGCCAUCGGAGAGCUGCCUCCAUAUUUCAUGGCCAGAGCGGCUCGUCAGUCAGGAGCUGAUCCAGAGGAUGAAGACUACGAGGAGUUUGAGGAGAUGCUGGAGCAGGCAGAGGGCGCUCAGGAUUUCGUGACAAGAGCAAAACUGGGAGUCCAGCAUAUGGUGCAGAAAGUGGGAUUUUUUGGGAUCUUGGCUUGUGCCUCUAUCCCUAAUCCUCUCUUCGACCUGGCUGGAAUAACUUGCGGUCAUUUCAUGGUUCCCUUCUGGACCUUCUUUGGAGCAACACUAAUUGGGAAAGCCAUCAUCAAGAUGCAUAUACAGAAACUAUUUGUUAUCAUCACCUUCAGCAAGCACAUAGUGGAGCAAAUGGUGUCACUCAUUGGGUCUGUGCCCAAAGUGGGACCAUCAAUCCAGAAGCCCUUCAGUCAUUACCUGGAAGCACAGAGGAACAAGCUGCACCAUGCUGGAGGAAGUGCACCGGCGGAUGAGAACUGGCUGUCGUGGGUGUUUGAGAAGGUGGUGCUGGUCAUGGUCUGCUACUUUGUCACCUCCAUCGUCAACUCCAUGGCUCAGAGCUAUGCCAAGCGCCUGCAGCAGCAGCGGCACUCGGAGGAGAAAACCAAGUGAUGACGAGACAAAGCGGUACAAACAUCCAAGUGACUGUGUUUCUGCUGCUGCUGAGAACCCCCCCCUCCCGCUCCCCACUCAGCCACAGCCACUCACUACUUAACAACAAACCUCACCCAGCCCAUCCAUUCUCAGAGGCCGACCACUCAAAAACCAGGCACUAUUUGUUGGUGUGUGCGUGUGUGUGUGUGUGUGCGUGUGUGUGAGCUUUUGAGGAUGCUGUUUACCGUUUGUCCCUCUUCAGGUUUUGUAGUUCUUCCUCUCAUCUCACUCUCUAGGUGCGUGUAGUGCGAUUGGUUGUAUUGCUGAUUUUAACAUGUUUCUUUAACGUUUAAAUUAACCCAUUCAUUGACCUCAGAAGUAAAGCAGUGGUUUGGUGGUGACUGCUGUGUGCGUGCAGUGUCCAUCAGAUGCCUUAUGCAAGACGGGAAGGUCCGACUUCCCUUGAAUAUAGCUCUUGAUUUUUAUUUAAUUUUGUAACAUUGAUGUAUGGAUGGAUCUCGACUUGUUUGUACAGAAGAUAACUGCGAUGGAUGAUCUUUAUUUUCAGGGUUUAUUUUUCCUCAUGUUUUUGUCCCAUUAAGACCAAUUUGUCUUUUUUUUGUCUGGUGGAAAAAAAAGCAAUAUCGACUUUAAAACAGUGUGGUAUUGACAGUUUGCACAUUGUGUAAAUAUCUUAAUAUCUUUUUUGACAGUAUGCGCAGAUGUAUUUCUAUUCUAAUGGUCUGUGUGGACAUGAGUAAACUUGAACCAAAACAAAAAAAAGAAAAGGUGAUAUCAUUUGUAAAGUGACAUUGUACUCUCAGCUAACUAGUCCCAUUUCUAUUCUGUACAUUUAGGUUGAACCUUGGAUCAGAUCAUGUAUAUAAAACAUGUAAAUCAUGGCAUUUGUUUCCAA